AUGGCUUAUAGAACUUCAAGUAUAGCUAGUUUUGCUGUCACAUUGGUGCUGCUGUUAGGGACAAUAUGUGAUGCACAAUUGUCAUCUACAUUUUAUGAGGGUACAUGUCCGAAUGCACUUAGCACCAUAAGAACUGUUAUUCGUACUGCAAUAUCUAAGGAACGCCGUAUGGCUGCAUCUCUCAUUCGCCUUCAUUUUCAUGAUUGCUUUGUUCAGGGUUGUGAUGCAUCAAUUUUGCUUGAUGAUAGCUCCUCUAUCGAGAGUGAAAAGACUGCACUUCCUAAUAAUAACUCAAUAAGGGGAUAUGGCAUCAUUGAUCAAGCUAAAGCUGAGGUUGAGAAGGUGUGCCCUGAAGUUGUGUCAUGUGCAGAUAUUGUAGCAGUAGCAGCACGUGAUGCAUCGUUCGCUGUGGGUGGUCCAUCAUGGACUGUGAAGCUUGGACGGAGAGAUUCUUCCACUGCAAGCAAAAGUUUGGCUAAUAGUGACCUUCCACUUUUCACAGAUGAUCUUCAAACUCUUAUCUCUCGUUUCAAUAACAAAGGGCUCAGUGCCAGAGAAAUGGUUACCCUAUCUGGUGCACACACAAUAGGACAAGCUCAAUGCUUCACAUUUCGUGGUAGGAUAUACAACAAUGGAAGUGACAUAGAUGCUGGAUUUGCUAGCACUCGCCAACGUGGCUGUCCAUCCCUUAGCAACCCUGGUAAUGAUAAGAAGUUGGCAGCACUAGACUUGGUCACGCCUAGUUCUUUUGACAACAACUACUUCAAGAAUUUAAUUCAGAAGAAGGGUCUUCUUCAAUCAGAUCAAGUUCUGUUCAGUGGAGGAUCUACUGAUACUAUUGUGUCCGAAUAUAGCAAAAAUCCUACAACCUUUAAGUCGGACUUUGCAGCUGCUAUGAUAAAGAUGGGAGAUAUUGAACCGUUAACAGGGUCGGCUGGCAUGAUAAGAAAGAUUUGCAGCUCUAUAAACUAA